CUCAUUGGGAGGAGGAGAGAAGAUAGGGGAGAGACGCCCUUUUCCAGCUGUCCUGGACUUGAUUGGGAUAUAAGGAGACAGAUAUUCCAAUUGUCCUAUUAGUACUGUUUGUUCUUAGCUCUUUUGGUUUCUGAUAAUCUCCUACUCCACAAUUUCCAUUCUUCCCUGCACCAUGAGCCGGCAGCUGGGCCUGAAGUAUGGUGGUGAGAAGAGUGACUUUAGUGGAUACUCUGCAAUUUUGCCACGGAAAGUAGGGGGCAGUUCGUCUUCCUAUCGGGCAGGGGUCAAAGGGGCUGGAACUAGUUUUGGCAGCCGGAGUCUCUACAGCCUAGGCGCCAGUCGUUGCAUCCCCCUCAAUGUGUCUGGGGGUAUUCGAACUGGGGGGUAUGGCUUUGGGCAUGCAGCUGGGUAUGGAGGGGCCAGGGCUACUGGCUUUGCAGGUAGUAUCUUUGGCAACGUGGCUCUGGGAUCUGUGUGCCCAUCACUGUGCCCACCCGGGGGCAUACACCAGGUGACCGUCAACAAGAGCCUCUUGGCUCCCCUGAAUGUGGAGUUCGACCCUGAAAUCCAGAAAGUGAGGACCCAGGAGCGGGAGCAGAUCAAGGCUCUUAACAACAAGUUUGCCUCCUUCAUCGACAAGGUGAGGUUCCUAGAACAGCAGAACCAGGUGUUGGAGACCAAGUGGAACUUGCUUCAGCAGCUGGACCUGAGCAACUGUAAAAAGAACUUAGAGCCCAUCUUUGAGGGCUACAUCGGCAACCUGAGGAGGCAGCUGGAUACCUUGUCAGGGGACAAGCUGCGACUGGACUCUGAGCUGAGGAACAUGAGGGAUUUGGUGGAGGACUUCAAGAAGAGGUACGAGAUGGAAAUUAAUAGACGCACAGCAGCUGAGAAUGAAUUUGUUCUUCUCAAAAAGGAUGCUGAUGCUGCCUAUACUAUCAAAGUAGAGCUACAGGCCAAGGUGGAAUCACUGGACAAGGAGAUCAAGUACCUGAAAUGCUUAUAUGAGGCGGAGACUGCCCAGAUCCAGACCCAUGCCAGUGAAACCUCCGUCAUCCUAUCCAUGAACAAUAACCGUGACCUGAACCUUGAUAGCAUCAUUGAUGAGGUCCGCAUUCAGUACGAGGAUAUCGCUCUAAAGAGCAAGUCGGAUGCUGAAAGCUUGUACCAGAGCAAGAUCCAGGAGCUGCAGCUGGCCGCCAGCCGGCACGGGGAUGACCUCAAACACAUCAAGAAUGAGAUCUCAGAGCUCAACCGGCUCAUCCAGAGGCUUCGCUCUGAGAUAGGCAAUGUGAAAAAGCAGUGCUCCAACCUAGAGACAGCCAUUGCAGAUGCUGAGCAGAGGGGUGAUUGUGCCCUGAAAGAUGCCAGGGCCAAGCUAGAUGAACUGGAAGGUGCCCUUCAUGGUGCCAAGGAGGAGUUGGCUCGCUUGCUGAGGGACUACCAGGAACUGAUGAGCACCAAACUUGCUCUGGAUGUGGAGAUUGCUACCUAUAGGAAGCUUCUGGAGGGAGAGGAGUGCAGGAUGUCUGGUGAGAAUCCCUCCUCUGUGAGCAUCUCUGUGAUCAGUAGCGGCAGUGGGGGUAGUUACGGCUACCAACCCAGUUCAAUUGGUGCCAGCUACGGCAGUGGCAUUAGGUCAAGCACCUCUAGCAGUGCCCAAAGUGUUGAAACCAAGACCAAAGGGGAAGGAGUGGAUGACCUCAAGAAAUCCCUGACCAAGACCUCCUCAGCCAGCUCCCCAGCCAAGAAAACUACCCGAUAAACUCUCUGGCCCCAUUCACCAUGGCACUGUGGAAGAAGAUGAUUUUUGCCCACAACCUGGAGAUGAUACCGACCUUGAUUGCUGCCCUCUAAAAUACCCACGAUUCUCAAGUCUCCAGAGUAUUUAGAGUUAACUCUGGCCCCUCCACAUUGUGGCCUGUCUUGAUUCCAAAUUGUUACUGAUACAAAUAUCUUCCCUUUGAUUUUUUUGCUUUUUAUCCCUUUGAAGACUUUGGUCCUGAAGUAAGCCUUUAAAAGUAAAACCUAUGAUUACGUUCUUUGUCCUAAGGAAGACUUGAAGAAGACACAUGCUUAGGAAGAGAGAGUGAGAACAGUUGUACCUAGGCAGAUGCAUAGUCACUGUUUGAGAGGUGAUGCUGCCUUUCCCUGGCAUGAAGAAGGAAGUAGUGUGGCUAUGAAGGAAGUUGGACAUCCUCCUGGCUCCUCGGGGGUCAAAUCCUCACAGGGUAUUUUGUCAUUGGUUGUGAAGACCUGUUAUUUCUCAGCCCAUCAGAUAUACCCAUUGUCACAAAGCCCAGUCCAAAAGAGCUUUGUACUUUCAGUUGUUUUUAUUUAUCCUUUCUCCUUAACACCAAGUGAAUGAAAGGCUGAUCAUUGGCCUCAGCCACUUUGGCAGCACUCAGUAGGUCAGGUCGUCUCAAGGUCUUGGGGGUCUGUGAUUUUUUGCCCUUUGAUCUCCUCUCUGGGGUCAUCCCCUCAAAAGUUCUUAAUCUCUCAAUGCUUUUUUGCUUCCAGAGAAAGCCAUAAGCUGCAUUUAAUGAAUAGAAUUUUCUUCUUUGGUCCCUGGGCAGUAAUGCUCAGAUCUGAGCAGCCUCAGCUCUUUGUGUAAAUAGCCCCUAAAUAACUAACAUGCUCUUUGCUUGUUGUCAUCCUUUGCUUAUUGUUGAUGGUUCUAAGUUAUAGCUGCUGUAUAUCAAAUAAAGUGCACUAGAGGAACUUCAA